AUGGUAUUUUGUUCAUUAAUAGCACUAGGUACAUAUAUAUUCGAUGCAUAUUAUUUUAUGGUACAUGCAAUAAAUGAAACUGAUCCUGGUCGUUUUGAAGGUUUAAUUUCAACUAUUCUUAUUAUUUUUGUAUAUAUGCAAUUUUGUAUUCCAAUACGACAAAAAUCCUUACUUACGAUAUUUUUUCUUGUAUUAUGGAUACUUCACGUAGCUGGACAUGUUGGCUAUCUUAUUGCAUUUAUUUAUAUAGGAAACAGAUAUGGUAUUGUUACAUUUGCUUUAUGGAUACUUGGAACUACAAUAUAUACAAUUGGAUUAAUUUAUUAUCGUGUAAUUCUUGGUCGAUAUCAUUAUAUUCAAAUACGAAAUCAACAUUUCUUUCAUUUUAUAUCACAACUUGAAAUUAUUUUGGCGAUUUAUAUUUCAAUUUAUGGACUAAGUGAAAUAAAAACAAUCAGUCGAAGCAAUGUCGCUUUUUUUCUUUUAUUUGAUUUCUUUACGGGAGAUUAUGAUCGUUUUCAUGGUCUUCUGAUCAAAGUUGUUCUUCAUAUAUUUGUAGCCUGUGUAACGGCCUCAGUAACACUCGAAUUUAUUUUUGUCAGCGUCAGAUUACAUGGUUAUGAAAAUGCUUCAUAUAUUCUUGACGUUGUUUCUGCAUAUAUCUUUUUCCUAUUUAUCUUUCUCCAAUUUCAUCAUGUCAAUUUCAAACCAGAAGAACCAAAAAGACAACGAGGAAAUGCACCACCUGUUGGAACUUCCUAUACCACCACGCUCGGUAGAAUUGUCCCAAGGCCUGCAUACACAAGAACAACACGACGACGAAAGUAG